UUUUUAUUUUCUUUUCUGGUAGACGUGUUGAAAAUUUUCAUCUCCCGUUGUGUUUUUGGAGAUUUGCUUAUCGUCUUCCCCCCAUUCCGGAUUGAAAAGAUAGUUUUCGAGUGCAUUUCGUGAAGAAACUGAGGGUUAUUGAGGGUUUCUAAAUGUUUGUGGUGGUCAUUUAUCUCGAUAUGGAAGGCCGAAGAGAUCAGUGAUAUAAAACCAAGGAAGUGUCCUUUCCGGGGCCCCAAUUUGGUCAUGUUCUGGGUACCGAGUAGCCGCCCUUGGAUGUCGACGGAGAGAAGAAACUCUGCCGAUGGCUGGAACGUGGCGUUUUUAGUCUUGCUACAGCACCAAUCGAAAAAGAACAAAAGUGAAAAGUGGUCAUCCGAAAAUGCCAACAGCUACACUAGAGCACGAGCAAGAGGAUGUAAAUCCGGAUGAUUAUUUGGAGAAACAACGCGAUCACUAUACUGUCCAUCAACAGCAGUUAUUGUGGCCUGUGGUGUCAUUGUCGUCAUCGACGUUGUCAGUAAAGAGUGCCGGAAACAGUAGCACCACAGAAUCCAUCACUUCAACGUCGGACAGAAAGAUACCACUAAGUGCUGCAAAUACUGGAGGUAACAGUAGUAGCAGUAGUAGUGCAGGAGAAUCUCCACAACUUCUACCUUUGUUUAAACUUAAAAAGCGGCACCGAAAUAAAGAAAACGAAGCUACGAAGGAAGGGCAGCGCGUAUCCAAUCAGAAUCAGAAUACCAAUCCAGUAAUACGCAAACGGUCACUGUUGGAAGUUUUCGAGGCCGAUCUUAAAAGGCGUGAAAAAGAGUCUACGGAAAAUCAGCAGAAACAAAACAAGUUUUUGAACAAAUUAAAUAUUCGAAAGAAACUUUCUUUGAGUUUAGGUUCUACCAACUUCACAAAGAACCGAACAGCUAAGGUUAAAGAAGUUGAAAAACAGCUUCACAGUAUUAUUGAAGAUAAACCAAUAGAGUGUAGCCCUCCUGUCUUCGAAGAAGAAGAAGAAGAAGAAGAAGAGGAAGAGAUCAUCGUCGAACUACCAACUCCAGAUAAACAACAAUCAAUUGUACAUAGGGAAAAGAAAGAAGAUCACAAAUCGUGUGAAAAUCUAUCCGGAAAAAGCAAACGAUCCUCCCAACCAAUUGACUGGGAUCAAGUAGAACCGUACGUCGAGGAAGAGCGUUCGUCUUCCCCAUUUGAUUUUGAUUUAUUAUUUAAAGAUAGGAAAGAGCGACGCGACAAAGGCCCUCCGCGCACCUAUCCAGGCUGCUCGAGUAGCCGUUUGUGCUUGUCAAAAAAUUUCCAAAAUCAGCAGCAACAACAACCGAAUGGACAGCCAUCGUCGUCGACCAAAGUAGUCUACGACGUUGAAGUAACGAAUCAGAAUAAGCGAAAAUUAUUAGAUCAACUGCCAGGCACAGCAACAGAGGCCAAGUGUGCUAAACUAACUGCUGCCACCGGUGAGGACGAUAUGUCCAUUCACCAUCAGCAACAAUUUUAUCAUCCGCCGUUAUCAAGUGUUAGCAGCAGUACAUCAGUCAACAAGUAUCAGUCGGACGUUUUUUUCUUCACAGCACCCUCUACCUCGUCAGAGGAAACAAUUGGAAAAAUGUCCGGUCAUUCGCAUUACACUCGAAGUAAAGUUUGGAUGAAAGAGGUUGCUGCGACGGAGUUGGCAAUAGCGCAAUCCUUAAGCGAAGACCAGCAAAACCUUAUCAAUGCUGGUGCGUCAGCGGUGGUGGUCAACAUGUGUCCCAAUACAAGUCCCUCAACUCCGGCGAGCAUUGCCGCAGCCGCUAAUAUGAACAAUACAUUGGCCACCUUGUGCAAUAUUGGUAACUCAUGUUACCUCAACUCGGUCCUGUAUACGUUACGGUUCUCGCCUAACUUUAUUCAUAAUUUGCAUCACCUCAUUGAAGAUACGGAUAGCGUGUACCAAAGGCUAGCGCAAAAUAAACUGAAGUCAUCCUCACUUGGUCGUAACAUACCGGGUUUACACGGCCAAAGUGGCCGUAGCUGGAGCAGCAAGGAUCUAGCAUCUCUUGGUAGCUCCACCGGUAGCAAUUCAUCCUCAGCAACCGUCAUGUCGAGUGGCGGUGGCAGUGCCGGUGCCAAUUCGACAAUCAAUGGUAGCGUUACCGGAGCUGGAGGCGGCAGCAUUCGGGAUCUAUCGAAUCGCGGCGAGGAGAACCUUCCUCCCAAGACCAACCGGCAGGUGGUAACCGAGCAGUUGCAUGAAUUGUUCCAAAAUUUGCACCGCAACGAAGCAAUCGAAGCAGCGGAACCUUUCCACGCCGGCAACAUUCUAAGGGCUGUACAGGACGUCAGCAGCACGUUCGAGGGGAACCAGCAACAGGAUGCGCAUGAAUUUCUGAUGUGCGUACUGGACAGCAUUAGGGAAUCUUGUCAAGCAUUGAUCAAAACCAUCACGGAUCAUCCGGACGUAUUAAUUAAUACUUGUCCCCCGGUGCCGGAGAGUAUCGAACCUCUGGUGCCAGAAUCCAAAAGCAGUGGUGCCCGGCGACUGUUCCGAAGAAAAAAAGAAUCGAUGAAAUCGCAAAAGAUCAUCUCGAUUGCCAAUGGCAGCAGUGGUGCCACCACGUUGCCGAAAACCGGUUCCAGCAUCGGUAGUAUUGCCGGGGGUGGUGACGGAGUGACAACCACUAUGUCGGAUCAGCUGUCCAAUCUGAAGAACUCACUUUUUACCAAACCGUCUUCCGUGUUAAGCGAGCAGGCCGUUCGGGAGCGGUUACAGGCUUUAGGGUUGGACUUUUUCCGGGACGAUUUCGAAGGGGUCACGGUGGCUAAAACCAAAUGCUUGGCGUGCGAAACUUGCACCGAACAGAAAGAAACCAUGAUAGAUAUUGCCAUCCCGAUAGCUGCCAGUGAAGUUAGCGAUGCCGCCAAAAAUCCACAACACUUCUAUCAGAAUUCAUGCAUAACGCGAGAGUACUUCCGAGGUGAUAACAAGUACCGGUGUGAGGUCUGCUGUGGGUACAGAGAAGCCAUCCGGUCUAUUUCAUUCGAGAUUCUUCCCCGACAGUUGAUAUUGCAGCUAAAGCGUUUCAACGGGGACAUGGAAAAGAUUAACAGUUACAUCCCGACGCCGUUUGUGUUGCGGUGCUUCUGUAACACCUGUUUGCCAAAGCCGGACUGUGAUAAGCCGCACAUCUAUCGCCUGUACAGUGUGAUAACUCACGUUGGUGCCCGGAUGUCCGUCGGUCAUUAUAUUGCGUACACCAGUUCGCUGGACGUUCAUGGUGAAUAUAUGGGCUGUGGGAAGGAUCAUCGAAGGCAGGUGUUGUUAUCGGGAGGUUCGCUCGAUAGUGGAUUCGGGACCCUGGGCAGUGGCAGUGGAAUAAAUGGUGGGGGAUCGGGGAGUACCGGAAGUAGCAAGAGCGGCAGCGAGAAAAGUACUUCAGUGCAUUUGAAAAAGUUGUUUUGCAGCAAGAAGACUUCCAGUGCCGGUGACAUGAGCAAAAAAAUCAAGAACAAUGUGGUCAACAAAUUGAACCUCAUUAACGGAAUGGAAGGACUCAACCUCAUAAACGGCUCGAGUGCAAGUUCGGGUUCAUUCGGUUCGCAAUCGGGAGGAAACAGUCCAAAUAGUAACGGAACCCCAACCAGCAGUGGCAGUGGUUCCUUAUUGGCUAGUCGAAUUCCUUGUGCCGGGUUAAAUUGUUGUGGAAUUCAUCUUAAGAACAGUCAUCUUAGUUUGUACGGUCACUCAUCAAAUAGUAACAGCAGCAAUAGUAGUGGUAGUGCUAUUCAUAAUAGUAAUAUGAUUGGAAGUGAACCCAUCAGUAGCAACGGAUCGACCGUUGUCGAUUGUGGCGAUAUAAGUGAUAAUCCUCAAAGCAACUGCUCAGCUGGUAUGAAGUCAACGUCCCCAGUAAACGGAAGCACGCCGUCUACUGCAUCAAGCAUGGUGACGACAGUGGCGGCGUUCGAGCAAAGUCUAAGUCAACAGCUGUGGCAUAUGUGUGACGAUGAUAAGAUCAAGGUGAUGUCACAGGCUGAAUUUGAAGAGCUAUUAUCGCCAAACCGACGGCAUGUCAUCACUCCGUACUUACUGUUCUACGUACGAUACGAUUUGGUACAACCUCAACAGCCACAACAGCAGCAAAAAGAAGCGUCAACGGCGUCGAUCAACGCAGGUAUGAGAAAUGCAGAUCACCUCUUGAUAGUGGAUUAAUGGUGUGUGUCAGUGAACGAACGGUAGGUUUAUCAAUUGUUCCUCAGUAUGUUCCUAGUGUUUUAAAUUGUGGACAGCGUUAUUUUUUUUUCUCGAAAAGAUAAUUGAUUGUCCUUUACGCGCUGCCAUGUACAAGUGAUAAGGGAAACUUUAUUUCCCACAGUGUAUUUAUCGCUUAGUCGCAAUAGAUCCUGAACUGCAUAUAAACAGUUGUAUUGAUUAUAUAGUUCAAAAUUCUAAUGAAUGGUUGCGUGCAUUGUUGAGUAUUUUACUUAUCAAACCCCUACCCCUUCAAAAUUUUCUAUAACAUUACAACCAGUAGAACUGUUUAAAUUUUUUUACUUCAUAACUGAACUCAGUCCCGUCAAGUUUCUAAUUGAUUGACUGAGGAAUACACUGGAUUCUUUUUUUUAAACGAUUGUUGUGUUAAAGUUAAAAAAGUCCCCAACAACCGGUCAAAAAUCAUCGUUCAUUUCGAUAAAAAAUGGCCAACUAGGACUGUAAUCAACCAUUUUUCUAUGGAAGCCCAUUCUAAGGUGAUUUGAGUGAAAUCAAGAAAUUCAAAGAUUUGUUUCGAAUUUUGUUUUCUCCGCAGAUUCUCUGAGUGGCCAUUCCGACCCAUACUUCUUUUGAGAAGCUAAACAUUUUUUAGUCAAAUCAAUCUAUUGAGUUUAUUAAAAACCUAAAUCUAUAUUGCUGCUCAACAAUUUAAAGCUUUUCAAAUCAAUAGUUUUUGAAGCUCGAUACUCGAAAUAUCACGAAUAACUGGAAUGAACGCAACAUUUAUAUCCACAAUCUAGAACACUAGAAAUCCAAAACCACUUGUCCGCUAAUCAUGAUCGCUGUCCGGAAACUUUCCGUUUUUUCUCCUUUAUGAAAUUGAACUCUUCUUAGCAUUCGACAAA